AUGCGCCACGUCGACAACAGCAGCCGCGGCAUCGGCUCGCUCGUCGCUGGCGUCGAUAAGCUGUUGUUGAGCGCUCAGUCAACGGGUGUGCUGAACUUGAGCGAUCGUGGCAUGACGGAGAUCCCGCGCGCGGUCUUCGAUGCACCGGAAAGUGGAGGGCCCGCGUGGUGGGAGGUAAAGGAGCUCACCGCGCUCGUCGCGUCGCACAACAGCAUCGCGCAACUCCCGGAGGACGUCGCAAAGCUGAACGCGUUGCAAAAGUUGGAUCUGGGGCACAACCAGCUCGAGUCUCUCCCCGCGACCGCACUGGCGUCGCUCCCGCUUCGGUCGCUGGAUGUCUCCGACAACAAACUGCGCAUGCUGCCCGAUGCGCUGCCGGUGGAGACCUUGGCGGCGCUCAACGUGUCGCGCAACCCGAAGCUGUUCAAACUCCCCGAAUCAAUCGGCGCGUGCGACCGAUUAGCGGAACUGCGCGUCGCGGGCUGCGCGCUGACGGAGCUGCCGAGAGCCAUCGACGGGUGCACGUCGCUCGUCACGCUGGAUAUCUCCAACAACCGCAUCGGAACCCUGCCCGACGGCAUGACUCGCCUCGCGUCGCUCAGAGAUUUGUGCGUCAGCGGCAACGCUCUGACCGCUUUGCCGAGGGACGUCGGCGCGUUUACGUCGCUUACCCGGCUCGACUGCAGGGAGAACCGCAUCACUUGCGUCCCGCCGUCCAUCUCUGGAUGCUCGAACUUGGCUGAAAUCUUCAUCGGGCGCAACGAGCUGACCGCGCUCCCGGACGCGCUCGGAACCUGCGCCGCGUUGGCCACCCUGGACGUGAGCUCCAACCGGCUCACCGAGCUUCCGUCUUCGCUCGCUGCGGGUGCGCCGCUUCGAACCGUCGACGCCUCGGGUAACGAUGUCACCCGCGUCGCACCGGAGCUCGGGAGGUGCACGAGCCUGCGUAGACUCGCGCUAGAGGGGAACCCGAUCCGUUCCAUCAGGCAGAACAUCCUGAGUGGUCCCAUCGGUGACCUCCUCGCGCACCUGCGAUCUAAGCUCGGCGCCGAGGAAACCGGCGUGGGAGCGGCGUUCAGGGGUGACGAGUCGACGACUCGCGCGGAGGAUGCGGCGAGAGCGGUGGCGACCGCGGCGAGGGUCGCGUCGGAGGGUGGACGCGCGUCGGGCGUUUCGCUGAGGGGACAGCGGCUCGAGAGCCUGCCGGAUGAUUUCUGGAGCGUAGUCGCCAGAGGCGUGACGUCCGUGGACCUCGGAGAGAACGGUUUGAGGGGUGGGGUGGACGCGGAGGAAGUCGAGAGAUGCGACGGACUCGAGACCCUGCUGCUGGACGGAAACGCGCUGGAGAAGUGGCCGCUACCUUGCGGCGAGGGACGUCCUCUGUCGUUGACGGAGCUAAACUUGGCGGGUAACAAGGGACUCUCCGCGGCUAUGCCGCCGAGUGCGUUUUCUCGAGCCUCUCGGCUGCGAAAGUUGGACGUGACCGGGAUCGUGUUCCAACCGUCGCGCGGCCCGAACCUGCUGAGACCACUCGCCGAGACGCUGACGGAGCUUCGAUGGGGCAAGGCGAUGCUGGACGCGAUCCCGGACGAAGUGUUCGACCUGCGCCGGCUCCGCGUCCUGCGGUUGAACGACAACCACAUCGGCGCGUUGUCCCCGGCGGUGGCGCGACUGGUCGAGUUGGACGAGCUCGACCUCACGAAUAACGACUUGGGCACUUUACCUCCCGAGCUCGGUCUACUGACGGGGCUGCGGUGGCUCGGGGUUGAGGGAAACAUGUUGCGGAUGAUCAGGAGGCCUGUGAUUGAGCGCGGGACCAAGGCGUUGCUGGAGUACCUGCGCGACAAGCUGCCCGGAACGAAGUAG